AAUCCCUUAAAUUGACCACCAACUUGCGAAAAUGGCUUCGUUGUUACGUUCUGGAAAAUUUUUCCGGUUAUUCUCAAACUUAACAAGAAGUUUCGAUAUAAAUAAUGGUGGUAGAAAUGAAUCACUGGCUCGUGCACGUAGAGGUGAAUGGGAAAUUACCAUACACAGAUCUCUGUCAGCUGCCCAAUUACCACUGAAGAACUUAAGUGAUACUACUGUUCAGCAGCCACUAAUAUCAACAGAUCAUGGUGUUAUUGACAGGGCUAUUGAAAAAGCUGAGUCAGAUGCUAAAAAAGUUGGCCGUAUCACAAAGGAUGAUAUUCUGAAUAUCAUUGAAAAGAUAAAACAACAGAAAACUGCUUCAACUACUCAAAGCUUACUGCUUAUACGAUGUUGUGGUAGCUUGGUUCCUGAGGAACCACCAACUUCAAGAACAAAAUUGGUUCAAGAAGUCUGGAAAAUGUUACAGGGAUACAAUGUUUCUCUUGACAUUAGUCACUAUAAUGCCCUUCUGCGUGUGUAUUUAGAAAAUGAGCACUCAUUUAACCCCAUGAAGUUCUUACAGAAGCUGGAGGAGCAAAAUAUUAUACCUAACAGAGUAACUUACCAGAGGCUUUUGUCAGCCUAUUGCCAGAAAGGUGAUAUUGAUGGUGCUUCACAAAUUUUGGAAAUAAUGAAAAGCAAAGAUCUCCCCAUUGGAGAGCUAGUAUUCAAUUCACUUGUUAUGGGCCAUGCCAACACAGGAGAUCUGGAAAGCGCUAGGGGUGUUAUCAAAGUGAUGACCCAAGCUGGUUUAGAACCUGACAGUGAGACGUACCGUACGUUACUCUGCGGCUACGCUAAACACGGCCUAUUACAGGACAUUUCUUCCACCAUAAAUGAAUGUAAAAACAAGGAAAUCACACUCCAUGACAGGGAUUUGCUAGAAGUAUUAUACACCGCAGCGAUUCACAAUCACCCCACAGUUGUUGAUAACAUGUUGAAUCUGAUGAACAAAUCUGCCGGCUAUAAUCAAGAUUGUUUCAACAUAAUUCUUCGUUUAGUCAAUCAUCAACAAGAAGACCAGGCUUUUAGAGUCCUUCAAAGCAUGAAACCUGUUCAGCUAGCUGAUGGUCAAAUGUCUGCAACCGGGAAUUUUUUUAUUCGUCAAAUCAUCAAAUCGAACUGUCCACCUGAGAAGGUUAUCUCUUUCUGUCAACAUCUGGUGGACUCUGGCCUAAACAACAGAGCGUUUUUCAAAGCCCUUGAGAUUUCUAACGCAUUCAAGAAGUCAGAAAUCUCAAAUCUUCUUCUUAAGCAAAUUCAAAAACAAAAAGAAAUGCUCCGACCCCAAGCUUUCUGGCCGCUGUUGACAGCGCAAUCAAAAGUUGGUGGUGAAAAGGGAGUUUUAGACGCUCUCCGUCAAAUGGCAGCCAUACAGGUUACGCCAAAUGUAGAUACAAUCAGCCAACGUGUACUACCGUACAUGGCAAACGACAAUGUUGAAACUCUGCUCCGGAAGUUACGUUCCGCGGAAGUCCCUCCAAGUGUUGUGGCCAUAUCUUUAUUAGUUCAAAGCUUGAAUCGUCUUGACUUCGCGUCGGCAAUUGAUGUUGCUUCAAAGAUAUACCUCCGUUUUGACAACGUUCACUUUCGCCAAGCCGCGGCUGAUGCGUACCUGAAAACCCGAGAUGCAUCAUCUUUGGCAAAACUUCUGAAAUCCACGCUGCGCCAACCGCAGACGCCGGAAAUGGAAAAUGAUCGUAAAGAUCAAGCUGCUGAGUUGGCUGGGCCAGUUCUGAGGGAAGUUUUCGAUCGUGCUACCAAACCCAAAUUAGAAGCCGUCGAACCUCUUUUAAAAGCCAUGCACGAAAACGGAAUAGGUGUACCAAAUAGCGUUGUACAGUACAUCCAAGAGCAGGCCGGCGACGAGAUGACGGAAUCAGUUGCGCAGCUGCUUGUUGAACUGAGUUCCGGGACGCUAAUGCCUACAGAACUUAUAGCUUACCCGCCGUCCACCAACAGGCAAAAUUUUUUUAAAGGAGCUCAAAAGUUCGUUGAAUUCGCUAAAGAGCAUAAUCUCACGGAAGCCCUCAACGAGAAGAAGUUAUUGGAAUCACGCAAUUUCGUCUUUUCUGAAGGAUUGAACAUUCUGCUCAUGGACCUUUAUGCCCACCAUGAACGUUUCGAUGAAGCUUUUGGGAUUUUUACAGCGCUUUACUCGAAGAACCCAGAUAUUGUUGUGACACCUAUUAAGUUGUUUAGUUUAGCGACAAGCUUUCUGAAAGGUGACCGCGUAGAUGAUGCAUUCAAGGUCCUCGAACGCUUGAAGCCAUCGUCUGAAACGAGUGAACAAAAUCUUCGCAAUUUGGAAAUGUCCGGUUGGCGUCUGAUGAACGUAGCGGCUUCGAAAGGAGACGUCGAAGUUACCCGUAAAUUGUUUGAAGUCAUAGAAAAAUCUGGAUUAAAAAUUACUGGCAUGCUUGCUGGCCCGCUGAUCAAGGUUCAUCUAAGCAGAGACGAUUUUGAAGGUGCAUUGAAAACUUUCCUUCAGUGCGUUGAAACAUAUCGAAUCACUCCUCUGAAAUCCACAUUAACCACGCGAUUGAUUGAAUCGGAAGAUGCCCAGCGACUUCAACAAGUUAUGGAUGCCAGCAUUAAAGUUCAUGGCGAGAUGAACAGUCUUUACGAUUUAGUGUUCGCGUUUUUGGAAUGCGGUCGAGUUCGACAAGCAAAAAAAGUCCUUGAGACUCCUGGUCUUCGUGCACGAGGUCCGCGUAUUGAUAUGGUAUGCAAACGCUAUGUUGAUGAGAAGAGAAUCACAGAACUUGAGAACCUGAUCAAAAUCACAAAAGAUGUAUAUGGUAUUGAUCGGAACAUGAUGUACACAUACAUGCUAUCAGCUUGUAUAAACGCGAAAGAUGUGUCCCGUGCCACUGGCCUAUGGACGCAAAUGCAAGAAGAAGAUGUUCAACCAAGUCCUGAAUUUUUGCAGAAAUUGGGUAGAUUUCUUGAAGAACAGAACGAGCCUGUCCCCUUUACAAUUCCUGAUGUACCGGAUAACGUGACAGUGUCAAAUUCUUCCAUGUCGGUCGCCUCCAGCUUAAACGCAAAGAAAACUUCUAGCAUCAGCAAACCUAAAAAAGACAUCUCGGAAUCAAAGUCUCCCAAGAAAGGGGAGUUCUUGACAGCAAUAAAAAAUGGCGACCUAACUGCUGCUCUUGAGCUAAAGAAAGAGUUGGAAAGCCAAGGUGAUAAUAUCUCAGUUAGACAAAAAUCCGAUUUGGUGGAAGUGGCUGUAAAAGCAGGUCGGCUGGAUGUUGCUACCGAGCUUGUUUUAGAGCUAGAAAAAUCGGGUGGAUAUCCUCUUCCACGCAUCUUCCGAUUCUACAUGAAAGCCCUUGCAUCAGCUGGUGAUCAUCAAUCAAUUCGAACGGUUGGGGAGUAUUUAAGCCCAGAAAGAAAGAGUCUCCUAAGCUACGAAAACGUUCUUGCCUCAGCUAUUGCACAAGAUCCCGCUGCCACGACAGCUUACGUCGAUACUCUUUUGAACGACAUUAAAGCGAAAUCUGUUAAUGCGACGUUGGACGAAGAACAGUUAAAGGCAUUAAGACUUACAUUUCCUAGAGGAGGCAUACUAGGGAUACUAGAAAAGAACCCCAAUGUUCUGCCAAAAUGCCAAGAAAUAGCCAACGAAUAUGUUAAACUUGGGGUUUAUGGUCCCGUGAAUUCUCUUUGGUGCUACCAUUUGAAUAGUGGAAAUUUAACUGAAGCCCAGUCAACCUGGGAAACUCUCAAAUCAUCUCCUAUUGCAAUUGGCUUUCAGCCUGUUUGCCGCCACAUUAGGCAACAACAAGACGUGGCUUUGGCCGAAACGCUUAUCAACAUGCUUGCCUCUGGAUCAAGCGUCAAACCGUCAGCCCUAGGCAUCGCAUAUUCCGCAUGGAUUGAUGUCCACCGGUCAAAAAAUGAACUAGAUGCAGCAAUAGCUACUCUCGAUAAAGCCUUGAGCGGAGGCGUUGAGCUCUCGCUUCUAAACGAAUCUACACUGUCCGCGUUAAAAACAGAGUGUGAGAAAGUCGGAAAAAGCUUUCCUUAUUCUAUACCAAAAUCGAGCGAGAAACCUGUAACCCAGCCACAAUCCGAGUAGUGAACGAUUAAUCUAGACCGACACGUUUGUUUUGAUAAUUCCAGUCAAUUGUAGUCGCGAAUUACUUUUUGUUGACAAUAAAGUUAGCCUUGAUUUCGUCA